AAUCUGCAAUGAAAUUGAAAUUAUUCAACGAUGAACCUGGAGCAUAACAUUUUUCAAAGGAAGAAACAUUUCGGCAUCGAACCUCAGGGAGAUAACGCGAUGAGCUGAUCUGAUAUAAAACACAUGCUUUACUCGUUAGAUGAUGAAUAAUUUUUUAAUACGAAUUUUUAAAUGAGAAAAUGACAAAAGUAACGGGGUGGUGAGAAAGGAUGACUAGCGAAUAGAAAAUUGUACAAAAAUUAAAUAUCUAAUAAAAUUCAUCAAAUUCAAACACGUGCAGUUGAACCCGUUGUGGAAAAUUAUACGGAAAACAUUUUCUAAAGUUCAUUUUCAUUCGCGCGGUAUAAUCUCGCCUCUUUAAACGCGCGUUAAAUGAGAAAAUUUUAAUCUCGCAGUGAACCUGAACGACUCGCCACAAAAAACAUCCCUUAAAAAAAAAAAAAAACAGAACAAUUAUCAUAAGCGACCAUUUUUAAAUUACGAUUCGACUACAACUCAUACUCACGUGUCGACGGAACUCCGGGGAACAAAUUUAUUCCGAGCUCUUCGAACAACAGUCAAGAUGUUCGGUGUGAAUUAUACGGCGAAUACGACGCCCUCGCUGAAUUUCGAAUUCGACCAGGAAGACGAUGAAAACCAGUACGUACCUUACAACGAAAGACCAGAAACUUACAUUGUUCCCGUCGUGUUCCUGAUAAUUCUGGUGGUCGGUGUAGCCGGAAAUGGAGCUCUGGUACUCACCCUCCUGCGGCACGCCAACAUGCGAAACGUUCCCAACACUUACGUCCUUUCGUUGGCCCUCGGUGAUCUACUGGUCAUCGUCACCUGCGUACCGUUCACGUCCAUCGUCUACACCGUGGAAUCGUGGCCCUGGGGUUUGGCCGUUUGCAAAUUGUCGGAAUGCGCCAAGGAUAUAUCGAUCGGAGUUUCGGUGUUCACCUUGACCGCCCUAUCGGCCGAAAGAUAUUGCGCCAUCGUUAAUCCCAUUCGGCGACACGUAGCGGGACUGAGCGCAAAGCCGCUGACUAUUCUGACGGCUACUCUGAUCUGGGUCCUUGCCAGCGUCCUGGCUAUGCCUGCCGCUCUCUUCUCUUACGUCCCCAACGUCCCGUUGCAGAAAAACCACAGCAUACUGGUCUGCAGCCCCUUCCCAGAGGAAUUCGGAGAGGAGUACAAGCAAGGUGUGGUGCUUUUCAAGUUCUUGGCUUACUACGCGAUUCCCCUUUGCAUCAUCGCUGGAUUUUACCUCGGAAUGGCUCGUCACCUGGAAUUGUCGACGAGAAAUAUGCCCGGGGAACUUCCGGGAGCGCCUAAUCAAAGCGGGCAAAUUCGUGCUCGUAAAAAGGUUGGAAAAAUGGUGAUCUCUUUCGUGGUCAUCUUCAUCGUCUGCUUUCUACCGUAUCACACCUUCAUGCUGUGGUUUCACUUUUACCCAUUUUCACGCGAAGUUUACGACGAGUUCUGGCACACCUUUCGCAUCAUCGGUUUUUGCCUCAGUUUCAUAAAUAGCUGCAUCAACCCGAUCGCUCUCUACUGUGUUAGCGGUGCGUUCAGAAAAAGGUUCAACGAAUAUUUGUGCUGCUGCGUACCGUCGUCCAGACGACGCGGUGGUAGCGAGGGACGUUUUCCAAGGACGCGAGGUGACGCGAGUACGCUUCGAGAGACAAGUUUUAAUUCAACCUACAGACGUCACACCCAGGAACUGAAUUCUGCGGCACUUUUUAAUUUGGGAAACGACCAAAAGCCGACCUGAGGACGCCUGCCGCCGUUACGCCUCCGCCCUCAUCCUAAGGUCACUUUUAAAUUUUAAAAAGUACCGGGAAAAGAAAAUUAAUAAAGUGGACGGGCGUCGGUCAAUCGGCUUUUAGAUGCGGUCUGAGAGGGCCGAAAAAUCGAGUGAGGUCAGGAGGCUUUCGUUACGCAAAAAUCUGAAUUAUACGAAAUCUUUUCGUUGUCCCGGUCGCGGAGGUUCCUCGGUAGCGGGAAUUCAAGGUAGGUAAUUUUCAGAGCGAAUGCCUAUUGAUUUCACGAAAAUUAACUCGUUAAAACGAACACGACGAACGAAUAUCGAACAAAGCUAACAAGUAUGUUGAACGUCAUCGAAAAAGUUUCUCGUUAUUCGACGAGAGUUACGAGAUAAUAUCGAGGGUGUGUUUCGGUCGAGUACAUGUACGCGUUCGUUUCGAGAGCAAAGGAAGUUGUACGUAUCCCUGAAAUAUAUGCUUCCUUUCAUAUUUUUCACAAACCGACAGUUUGAUAAAACAUUUGGUAAAAAAAAGAAACAUAAAAAAAAAAAUG